AUGUCGUCGAUAGUUUUGAAAAGUUUAUCAAUAUUAUUGGGUUUGUUUUUUAUUUUUGUUGGAACGAUGAAAGUCACAUCAGUGAUAAGUAAAGAUUUACAUAAGGAUUUGAGGAAAGAAUACGUUAAAUAUGCCAAAGUGUUUCCGUUAUCCGAAGCAUUGGAUAUAAAAAUCCCGCCAAAAUGGUACAGGAGAAUCGUCGGUUCGAUGGAAAUCAUUUGCGGUUUGGCUUUGUCUCUCGUACCGAGCAAUAAAGUUAAAUAUGGCGCAAACGUCAUUUUAUUAUUUUUAAUGUUAAUGGCCGUUUAUUCGCAUUACAUGGUCAAUGAUAAAUUUGAAAGAAUCGCACCGGCUCUGGUUUUCUUUUUUAUGCUCACCGGAAGAUUAGUAAUUGAUUAUCAAUUGAAAAGAAAAUCGGAAGCGGCGGCAGCUGCAGCAUUAAAUGCGACUUCCGGAAAUGGUGAAAUUCGUAACGAUGAAAAAAUAAGAAAAACCGAAUAA